AUGUCUCAGUUAAAGAGUACCAAUCUCAACUCAGUAAAGGAGUUGCAGAAAGCAACAGAUGAGCAAUUAGGAUCUAUAUUGCAGCAAUUGGGGUUUGAAGAAUCAUUCAUGUUGACCGAUUUGAAGUUAGGAUUAGGAUUGGUCACGGUGGUUAUUGCAGGGCUAUUGUUUCUUGCUGACAAAAGAUACGAGUUCAAGAAUAUUUAUGGGGCCACCGUGGUUUCCUGUGUAUUGUACGCUGUUCUUAACGGUGUUUUACUCAUAAUAAAUCGUAAAUACAAAAACGUCAAAUACAUUGGGUACGAUUCAAAGGGGAACAAACUAACAGUUGCUUCAACAACGGGAAAAUACGAUCCAAAUUAUCGUGUUACCGUGGCGUUAAACGAUAAGCAAAGCUCGCAAAGCUCAAUUCCAUUCAAUAAAUACUUUGACCUCAUUGGUUACCUAAACAGAGAAGAAUUUACAAAGUUACUAGCCAAGGAAGUAAAUAAAUUAGGCAAAAAAAAUGAUUGA